ACAUGGCUAUGACGUCACCGCAUAUUCAACGCCCCUAGCCGUUCUAGAUUCCAGCUUGUGCUGUGGUAACCUCUCUGAAAGUUUCCCCAGCGGAUGUGACGUUUAAAGCGAGCACCGGGGCCGGAAGUUUUAAAUACUGAGCGCUGUUUCGUUGUUUUUUUUUCUGGACUUCCCGGGAUUUAUUGUGCAUAUCCUAAAAGUCUGUGUUUUUCCUUAUUCCACUGGUACUUGGGAGACAGUCCAGAAUUUGAUUUACUAAGAACUUCACCUGGAAAUUUAUUGUGCUUCUUGUCAAAUAAUAUCAGCAUUGAAAACUUCUGACAGAAAAUGACAUCCUUCCUAUUGUGACUAAAUCUGCUCUGUUACAUAUACUGAAGAUUUCAAAUAUGGCUGCAGAUUGGCUGGGAAGUAUUGUAUCAAUAAAUUGUGGCAAUACCUUGGGAGUUUAUCAAGGCUGUGUUUCUGCUGUGGAUCUUAUCAAUCAAACAAUAUCUCUUUCUCAGCCGUUCCACAAUGGAGUUAAGUGCUUGGUGCCAGAGGUCACUUUCAGGGCUGGUGACAUAUCAGAAUUAAAGAUUCUUGAAAUUCCUUCAGAGAGCCUGAAGUACACAAGCGAUCAGCUAAAUGACCACUCUACAGGCUUUGGCUACCUUCCAACUCGUCAGCAAAAUGGUACAGGCAAGCAGAAGCAGACGGCAGCACAUAACUCUGCUCAGAACAUUCCUGGCCAAGAGGAACCAUCUAGUACUUCACCACAGCCCUGCUCUAAAAGUUUUGUAGACAGGCACAAUGAAGCAGUCAACCAGCCCAAAAACUUUCGCCGAAGACACAAUUCUUUAGGGUCUUCUAGUAGCCGCUAUCCAAACCAGGUUACACCAAAAAAGAGUGGCACAAAAAAUGGACAGCUGAAGGCGCGUGAUGACGAAUGCUUUGGAGAUGAACUGGAGGAAAUUCCUGACACUGAUUUUGACUUUGAGGGCAACCUUGCUCUGUUUGACAAAGCCGCUGUCUUUGAAGAGAUAGAUACACAUGAAAGGAGGGGAGGAGGAGGAACAAGGUCGCGGGGGACCCCAAAUGAGAGGCCUCCAACUUACAGGCAUGAUGAGAACAUCCUGGAAUCAGAACCAAUAGUAUAUAGGAAGAUUGUGGUUCCUCAGUCUGGAGGACAGGAAUACUGCACAGAUUCGGGACUUGUGGUACCCAGUAUAUCUUAUGUCUUGCACAAGAAGCUACUGUGUGUGGCUGAGAAACAUGGCCUUUCAGUGGAGAGGAGACUGGAAAUGUCUGGUGUCUGUGCUAGCCAAAUGGCACUUACAUUGCUUGGAGGGCCCAACAGACUGAACCCUAAGAAUGUUCAUCAGCGCCCUACUGUGGCCCUACUCUGUGGCCCCCAUGUGAAGGGAGCCCAAGGGAUCAGCUGUGGCCGGCACUUAGCCAACCAUGAUGUUGACAUUAUCCUUUUCCUGCCUAAUUUUGUGAAAAUGCUGGAGCCAGUUACCAAUGAGCUAAAUCUGUUCUGCCAGACUCAGGGCAAGCAAGUAUCCAGCGUUAAAGAUCUGCCAGAAUGUCCUGUAGACUUGGUCAUUAACUGCUUGGAUUGCAAUGAAAACGCCUUCUUGUGUGACCAACCCUGGUACCGAGCAGCUGUAGACUGGGCCAACCACAACCGGGCUCCUGUGCUAAAUAUUGACCCUCCUGUGGGUGACCAUGUGCAGGGCAUUCAUGCCAAGUGGUCCCUGGAGCUGGGCUUGCCACUUGCUUUAGGGGAACAGGCUGGGCGCAUCUAUUUAUGUGACAUUGGCAUCCCACAGAAGGUUUUUAGGGAGGUGGGCAUUAGCUACCACUCCCCCUUUGGCUGCAAGUUUGUGAUCCCGUUACAUUCCAUGUAGGUAAAGAAUGGACAGUCAUCCUGUGCCAUCUUUUCAUUAGAACUACAUUUCUGAUGCCUUAACAGGAUGGGCACAGCUGUCUUACGAUUUGGUCAGUAACAAAUCCAGCAUUUAAUGGUCAUAAAUGCAUCUGAGGAAUUCUGGGAAAUCAGGUAUAUAUUGCCCUUCCCACCAAACCCACCAAUUCACAUUUUCUAUGAAGAAUUCAUCUUACCCAGAUAUGAAUCUUACCAAUGUAUUGCUCUCUCGCUUGCUGCGCCUCUACAUUUUCAUCUGCCCAGCUCCACCUAAAGCUCCAGCUAUAAAUCAGCCUGUUUGCAAAGAAGCACUUUUUUCUCUUUUUCUUAAAUCCUAGAAACAUAAAAAUCAUUUUUGUAUUGUUAUACCAGUGUUCAUCUGUCAUUAAGUGGUUAAAGCCAUGUCAAUGUUUGGAUGUUAAAGCUAAAAACACACAGUGCUACAUUUAUGUGUAAUUAUUUCCCACUCAACAGUGGAAAGACCAAAAUGUAGUCAGACCAAAUAUAUUUUCUUUUUACA